AUGAAGUUAUGUUAUCAAUAUUUUCUAAGUUUAAUUAGUAGAAAUAAUGAUGCUGAUAGAAAAUCAAACAAUAAUGAUAGAAUUAUUAUAGAAAAGAAAUUUAAUUCAAAACAUAUUGAACAUUUAAAAUUAAAUAAAACAGCAAUAUAUUUCUUCAAUAAUUAA